GGGAGAAGGACGCCAGGAGCGCAGAGCUCUAUAGAGGGGGGCGGAGCCCUGGUGCUUGAAAAUAGGAGGUGUCUGAGGGGUGAGGUGGAGCUAAGAGGGUUGGAUGUUCUGGCGGAGGCUGACGGGAUCUGGCCAGUGUAUUUCCCUCCCUCCCUUCUUUUCCACCGUUUUUCUUUCUUGAUUUGGUGACGGAGUCUUCCGCGGGAGAUGCCCUGGCUGGGCGCGCAGCGCAGAGUAGGGUGCUAGCAGUGCGCUCGCCCGCUCGUCUGGGGCCAGGUGCGCGGAGCCAAGCGCCGACGGACGCGGCUGUCCUCUGCCUAUGGUCCUUCCUCUCUUGCUCAGCUGCACAUACCUUGCCGCGGCCUCGGAGGCUGCAAAUCUUGGUCAGCCUAAGCCCCACGAGGGGAGUAGGGCGAGGCGGUCUCCAAGCGCUGACCUCUGGGCGAGUUAGUGAGCUUUCCCGGGGAAAGGCGGCCGCGCCAAGUCAACCCGAGUGCCGGGGCAAGCUUUUGUAGCCAUGGGGUUGCAACCCUUGGAGUUCAGCGACUGCUACCUAGACAGCCCGUGGUUCCGGGAGAGGAUUCGUGCCCAUGAAGCGGAGCUGGAGAAAACCAAUAAGUUCAUCAAAGAGUUACUCAAGGACGGGAAAAACCUCAUUGCUGCCACCAAAAGUCUGUCUGUGGCCCAGAGGAAGUUUGCCCAUUCACUAAGAGACUUCAAAUUUGAGUUCAUUGGUGAUGCUGAGACUGAUGAUGAGCGAUGUAUAGAUGCUUCACUCCGAGAGUUUUCAAAUUUCUUAAGGAAUCUGGAAGAACAGAGAGAAAUCAUGGCAUUAAGUGUAACGGAGACCCUGAUUAAGCCUUUGGAAAAAUUCAGGAAAGAGAAGCUUGGAGCUGUAAAGGAGGAAAAAAAGAAGUUUGACAAAGAGACAGAAAAGAACUAUAGCCUUUUGGAUAAGCAUUUGAACCUUUCAGCUAAGAAGAAAGAUGCUCAUUUGCAAGAGGCCGACAUCCAAGUGGAACAGAAUCGAAAACACUUCUAUGAGCUGUCUCUGGAAUAUGUGUGCAAGCUUCAAGAGAUCCAAGAAAGGAAAAAGUUUGAGUUUGUGGAACCAAUGCUGUCGUUUUUCCAGGGAAUGUUCACCUUCUAUCAUCAGGGCCAUGAACUUGCUAAAGACUUCAACCACUACAAGAUGGAGCUACAGAUCAACAUUCAGAACACAAGAAAUCGUUUUGAAGGCACACGAUCUGAAGUGGAAGAUCUCAUGAAUAAAAUCAGACAGAAUCCCAAGGAGCACAAGAGAGCAAGCCAGUUUGCAGUGGAAGGCUACCUCUAUGUCCAGGAGAAAAGGCCUGCUCCAUUUGGCUCCAGUUGGGUUAAACACUACUGCAUGUAUAGGAAAGCGGCAAAGAAGUUUACCAUGAUUCCAUUUGAACACCGAUCAGGAGGAAAGAUUGGUGAUGGAGAAGUCUUCUCUCUGAAAGAAUGUACCAAAAGGCAUACUGACUCCAUUGACAGACGGUUCUGUUUUGAUGUAGAAGCAGCAGACAGACCUGGAAUUCCUCUGACUAUGCAGGCAUUUUCGGAGGAAGAAAGGAAACUGUGGAUGGAAGCCCUGGGAGGAAAGGAAGCUCUGCUUCCCAGUUUGAAUAGAGCCAACUUAAGACGGGAAGGAGGUGCACAACUGGAUAAGAUUGGAUUCACAAUUCUCAGAAAAUGCAUCCGUGCAGUUGAAACACGAGGUAUAAAUGAUCAAGGACUGUACAGAGUUGUGGGGGUGAGUUCAAAGGUCCAGAGACUUCUGAGUGUGUUAAUGGAUGCCAAAACAUGCAAUGAAGUGGACCUCGAAAAUUCCUUAGAUUGGGAAGUGAAGACUAUAACGAGUGCUCUAAAGCAGUAUUUGAGAAGUCUUCCAGAGCCCCUUAUGACAUAUGAUUUACAUGGAGAGUUCAUCAUUCCUGCCAAGUGUGGCAGCCCAGAAUCUCGAGUCAAUGCUAUUCAUUUCCUGGUCCACAGACUCCCAGAGAAAAAUAAGGAAAUGUUGGACAUUUUGGUGAAACACUUAACGAAUGUUUCAAACCAUGCCAAGCAAAAUCUCAUGACAGUUGCAAAUCUGGGAGUGGUGUUUGGACCAACACUGAUGAGGCCACAGGAAGAAACAGUUGCUGCCAUCAUGGACCUGAAGUUUCAGAACAUUGUAGUGGAAAUCCUUAUAGAAAACCAUGAAAAGAUUUUCAGGACCAUGCCUGAUGCCACCCUCCCUGAGCCAGUCUCCAUGUCAACGUCUCCUCCGAAUGCUCCACCAAGGCAAUCAAAGAGACAGGGGCAGCGUAAUAAGAGACCUGUAGCUGUGUACAAUCUUUGUCUUGAGCUGGAAGAUGCUGACAAUCCUAGCCCUCCCAAAGAGGACACCCCAACGGGCAGCUUGGACUCACUUUCUUCACACUCUCCUACACCUGCCAUUUUGAGUAGUUCCCCUGGACCGGAAAAAAACCACCUCCUUACAGAUGGAGGAGACUUGGUGGACUGGGCAUCUAACCAUCCGAGUCAGGCCCGCCCUCCUAUGGUCCAGUGGCUAAACCCACAGUCUCCUACAAGUCUGAGUGCCAACACCGCUGCAGUCCCUUCAUCACCCACAUCACCAUCUUUCUCCUUCUCCCCUUCUGCCGCUGUGGCUGACAAGCCGACAGAAUGCAUUGUGAGUCGGAAGGCUCGGGCUGUCUAUCCCUGUGAGGCGGAGCACAGUUCUGAGUUGUCUUUUGAAAUAGGAGCAGUUUUUGAAGAUGUUCAAACUUCAAGGGAACCUGGCUGGCUAGAAGGAACUCUGAAUGGCAAGAGAGGACUGAUUCCACAAAACUAUGUCAAGCUGCUUUAGUUCACAGCCUAUGGACGUUGAUGAACUGUCCAUGGUAUCCAUGGACUCUCCUUAGGGUUGCUUUGCCCCACUUGGGGUGGGAGGAAGAUGCUCAUGUGACCAGGAAUACACAGUGAACCUGUCAGACAAGAAUUCAGAUCCCUGCUUUGAACUUG